GAAAAUGUUUUUAUCCAGUUUCAGAUAUAUGGAGACGUUCAACAAAACAUCGGAGACACGAUUUAUUCUUCUCGGCCUCUCCGACUUCCCAUGCCUCCAAGUUAUAUAUUUCCUAUUGUUCUUUUACGUCUAUAUAUUCACACUGUUUGGAAACAUACUUAUUAUUACAGUGGUGAGCAUAAAAGCUCAGCUGCACACUCCCAUGUAUUUCUUCCUCAAAAACCUUUCUUGUAUUGACAUUUUUUUGUCAACAGCCAUAGUACCCAAACUCUUGGAAAACACUUUAGCAAAGGAUAGAAGCAUCUCCUUCAUGGGAUGUGCCUCCCAGCUAUAUUUGUCUUCAUCCAUGAUGUCAACAGAGUGUGUUAUGUUAGCAGUCAUGGCUUACGACCGUUACGUAGCCAUCUGUCAUCCUUUGCACUACAAAACUAUCAUGAGUCAAAGACUUUGCUUUUCUCUGGCUGCUGGUUCUUGGACUGUGAGCUUUCUAAAUUGUUUUUUUCAUGUAUACUUGGCAUUUCAACUGCCAUUUUGUAGGUCUAACCUUAUGAAUCACUUUUUCUGUGAGUUGCGGCCCUUAUUCCAUCUAUCAUGCAAGGACAUUUUGUUUAAUGAGAUAGCAAUGUACAUUGCUGCUAGUACGAUUGCUGCUCCCUCCUUCCUUCUGACCAUCAUCUCCUACAUUCACAUUAUCUCCACCAUCCUGAAGAUUAACUCUAUGUCAGGAAGGCAUAAGACCUUCUCUACUUGUACCUCCCAUAUCUCAGUGGUCACUCUCUUUUACAGUAACAUUUUGUUCACUUAUUUGCAUCCUCACUCAGGUUACUCCCCAGAAAAGAAUAAGAUUAUGUCCUUACUCUAUACCACAUUGAUGCCUCUUAUAAACCCUAUAAUUUACUGCAUGAGGAAUAAAAACUUUAUUGACUCCAUUAAAUCUGGCAGAAAGCACAUUAUUCAAAAAGCAUAA